AUGCUGGCAGGGCGGUGGCGGCUGGAGGGGCGGCGGUGGCGGCAAGCUGAGCCAGCCGUGGUGCUCCGCGCCCUCUACAACUACGCAUACCGCGCUGAGGACGGGCGGCAUGUGGCCAUGGCAGCUGGCGAGCAGUUCCUGCUGCUCCACAAAGCCAACGAGGACUGGUGGCAGGUGAGACGGGCCAGCGAGCCCCGCUGGGCUCGGCCCUUCUUCGUCCCUGCUACCUACGUGGCCGAGCUGGACCCUGGUGACACCGGGAGACGGAGCACACUGACCCCUAGCCAGCCUGUGGGCACAGCCCCCAGCGCCGGCUGGGCCCCCCCUCCAACUUUUGGGGGCCUGGGAGCGUCACCUGGACCCCAGCACCGGUCGCUGCUUCUUCUACAACCCCCAAACGGGCAUGACCUCCUGGAAACCCCCCGGCGGCACCGGGAGGCGGGCCUGCCUCCCCCUGCCGAUUCCCCCAGGACCACGGCACGCUGGAGCUCCAAGGAUGCUGGGGUCCCCGGUGGCACCCAGGUGAGCCACGGCCGGACCCUUGCCCACCACAGCCUGGAGGAUGGGGCAGCCGCCCCCCAGCCCUCACCGGCCCCGCCCUGCGCCCCCACCCUGCCCACCGUGAGUUACCCCGGGGCCGGGGGGCACUGGGAGGGACUGGGGACAGCACUGACCCUGUCCUUGCAGGAGGUGCAGAAGGCUGGGCAGCUCAACAGGACCAAGAUCGGAGGGGGAAAGAAGCUCAGGAAGAGCUGGGGGGUCUCCUGGGUGGUGCUGGCCGGGAACAGCCUCAUCUUCUACAAGGAGCACAAGGGACCGGCACCCACUGCCUGGUGCCCUGCCAGCAGCCGCCCCGAGAGCAGCGUGGACUUGCGGGGGGCUGCCCUGGAUUGGGCCCGUGACCUCUCCAGCAAGAAGAACGUCAUCCACCUCCGCACUGUGACGGGUAACGAGUUCCUGCUGCAGUCAGACCAAGAGGCCACCAUCCAGGAGUGGGCCCGGGCCAUCCGGGGGGUCAUCCGCCAGCUGGACCUGGAGAACCCCAUGCAUGCGCCUGUGGGGUGGCUGCGCCGGGGGGAUGUUGGGGACCUGGUGGAGCUCAGCGGGGACGAGGAUGAGGCGCCGCGGGUCACUGAGGGGGCCGGGGCUCCAGGUGCCCCCCACGGCCCUGACGCCUUGGAGAAGAAGCGGGUGAAGAGCAAGCUGAGGCGCUUCAUCGUCAAGCGGCCCCCGCUCCAGAGCCUGCAGGAGAAGGGGCUCAUUCGAGACCAGGUGUUUGGGUGCCGCUUGGACGCCUUGUGCCAGCGGGAGAACACCACAGUGCCCCGCUUCGUCCGGCUCUGCGUGGAGGCCAUCGAGGAGAGAGGCCUUGAUGUUGACGGGAUCUACCGGGUCAAC